UGUGUUGUUGGAGACUGAACCAUCAACGCUUUUUCAACACUUCUCCUUCUUCCUCCUUUCUCUCUUCAUGCAAAAUCACAGUUACAAGAAAUAAACAAAAAGAUAAUUAAGAAGAGAUUAUAAAAACACAAAGAGGCAAAAAUGAGUGAUGGUCGAGUUAACGCAGAUCAACAACAACAAGAGAACAUGGUUAAACCACCGGUUAAGAGAUCUCACACUCUCCUAAUCGUCACUUACGUUUGUCUCUUCGUCGGCUCCAUCGCUUCGAGCCUUCUCGCGAAGUACUACUUCGUCCACGGUGGCUCGAGCCGUUGGGUCUCGACGUGGGUUCAGUCCGCUGGCUUCCCUCUCCUCCUCACCCUAAUCUACUUCCCUCGCUAUGUUUUCAAAACCACCACCCGCCGUCCUUUCACGCGCUUCACGCGCCGCCAUCUCAUCUUCUCCGUGUUGAUCGGGUUUGUUCUCGGUUUCAACAACUUCCUCUUCUCAUGGGGAACCUCGUACCUUCCGGUGUCCACGUCAUCGCUUCUCCUCUCGACACAACUCGUCUUCACUCUCAUUUUGUCUGCGAUCAUUGUGAAACAGAAGAUCAAUUUCUCAAACCUCAACUGUGUUGUUCUCUUGACGUUAAGCUCUGUUUUGUUGGCUCUCGGUUCGAGUAGAGAUAAACCGGCCGGUUUAACUAAAACCAAGUAUUACAUCGGGUUUGUAUCCACGAUCGGAGCCGGUUUACUCUUCGCUCUUUACCUCCCCGUGACGGAGAAGCUAUACCGUAGCGUUUAUUGUUACGCGAUGGUCAUGGAGGUGCAACUGGUGAUGGAAUUCGCUGCCACGGUUUUCGCGACAAUCGGUAUGGUUUUCGACGGCGGGUUUAGAGAAAUGGUUAAGGAAGCUAACCAUGUUUUCACCAAAGGACCAACAGUUUAUUGGACGGUUGCGAUUUUUGCGAAUGUGGUGACGUGGCAGCUCUGUUUCGCAGCCACGUCAGGGAUAGUUUACUUGACCUCAGGUAUCACCGGAGGUAUCUGCAUGACGGCGUUGCUUGCGAUGAAUGUGAUAGGAGGUGUGGUGGUUUACGGUGAUGAGUUUGGUGGAGUGAAGAUUGUGUCGACGGUGCUAUGUAUUUGGGGAUUCUCAUCGUACAUCUACGGGAUGUAUAUGAAGAUGAAGAAGGAGGAGAAGGAGAAGGGAGAAUAUUCCGGCGUAAAGACGACGGAAGACGGCGGAGAGAUGGAGGUGGAAAUGGGAAAAGUUAAAGAUGACGUGGCGGCGGCGGAUGAUAGGGUUUGAAGAUAUCUGUGUGAUUGAGACGGCCGUUAUGAAUAUUAUUAGGAAGGAAGCCAAAAAAAAAAGUAGUAGUAUCUUUUUUGUGUUCUUUCUUUUUCUCACCUUAUUUUUUUUUCCUUUUCUUUUGUUUUUUAGUAAUGCAUUUGCUUUUGUUUUUGUUGUUGUUUUUAGGUUGUUUUGUUUUUCCUUUUCUGGUUAUUUUUAUGAAUUAUCCUCUUAUCAUGGCCACAACUAAUGAUGUUGUACACUUUUUAAGUGUGGAUUUUCCAAUGUCGGUCGAUAAGUAUGUAUUUUUCUGAUAUCUAUGGCUUUGAUUAGUUUUAUUAA